AUGUUCUCCAAAAUCGUUGUACUGUGCGCUUUGAUCGCGGUGUCGAAAGCUGGACUCCUGGCUGCUCCCGUGCACUACUCUCCCGCUGAAGCCGUUUCUUCCCAAAACAUCGUCCGACAUGACCAGCCCCAGACUAUCCAAUACGCCGCUCCUGUAGCCAAGCUGGCCGUUGCUGCUCCCGUAGCUUACCACGCUGCUCCCGCCCCUGUUACCUACCACGCCGCCCCUGCUGUCGUGUCCUACCACUCUGCCCCUGUAGCCAAAAUCGUAGCUCACCAAGCUGAGGAGAUUGCCUACCCCAAGUACGAGUACAACUACUCAGUAGCUGACGGUCACUCCGGCGACAACAAGUCCCAACAAGAAGUCCGCGAUGGUGAUGUAGUGAAGGGUUCAUACUCCUUCCACGAAGCUGAUGGCUCCAUCAGAACCGUUGAGUACACCGCUGACGACCACAGCGGCUUCAACGCGGUCGUCCACAACACCGCCCCCACCGCCGCCCCUACUCACAUCAAGGCUGUGCCCGCCCUCCAUUGUAUCGAUCAAUACAAUAUGUUCUCCAAAAUCGUAGUACUUUGUGGAUUGGUGGCGGUGUCACAAGCCGGUCUUCUGGCUGCACCUGUUCAUUAUUCUCCCGCCGAAUCAGUCUCCUCCCAGAGCAUCGUGCGUCACGACCAACCCCAAGCAGCUAGAAUCGCAGUAGCGGCUCCCGUCGCAUACAACGCCUACCAUGCCGCCCCCGUUGCCUACCAAGCCCCCAUCGCUAAAGUUUUGGCUCACCGUGAAGAUCAAGAAAUUGCCUACCCCAAAUACGAGUACAACUACUCAGUAGCUGACGGUCACUCCGGCGACAACAAGUCCCAACAAGAAGUCCGCGAUGGUGAUGUAGUGAAGGGCUCAUACUCCUUCCACGAAGCUGACGGCUCUAUCAGAACCGUUGAGUACACCGCUGACGACCACAAUGGAUUCAACGCGGUCGUACACAAUACCGCCCCAACCUCAGCUCCUACCCUCAUCAAGGCUGUACCCGCUCUCCAAUACUAUCAUCACUAA